AUGCUAGAAAAGAUGAAGAAAGACCAAUCAGGUAGAUAUAAAAAUCUAACUUUAAUUAUUAACUCCGACUUAUUUUCUAAUGAGAGCUUAAGGAUUUUACAAAUCGUUGAGAAUGAAACUGAUUUUGCUUCUUGCUAUUAUUUAAAAACUUUCUUGAUUUGCUGCAUGCCUAAAAUAGUAGUUAUAUUUGUAGUUAUUUUCUGCUAUUAUGUAGCCAUUGAAACCUAA